AUGGGAAAGGUCAAAAAGAAGGGUACUUCCGGAAACGCCAAGAACUUCAUCACUAGAACACAGGCGAUCAAGAAACUCCAGGUUUCGCUGGCAGAUUUCCGUCGCCUGUGUAUCUUCAAGGGUAUUUAUCCUAGAGAACCAAGAAACAAGAAGAAAGCUAAUAAGGGAUCUACAGCUCCUGUGACAUUCUAUUACACCAAAGAUAUUCAAUAUCUUAUGCAUGAGCCUAUUUUGGCCAAGUUUAGAGAACACAAGACUUUCUCGAAGAAGCUUACCAAGGCACUCGGCAGGGGUGAAGUCAGUGAUGCCAAGAGACUUGAGGAGAACAAGCCGAAAUACAAGCUGGAUAAAAUUGUUAAGGAGAGAUAUCCGUCAUUUCUUGAUGCCUUAAGAGAUUUGGAUGACUGCUUGAACAUGCUUUUCUUGUUCAGCAAUAUGCCUGCUACCGAUAAAGUGAGUGCAAGAAUCACCUCGGAGGCUUCGAAAUUGACCAACCAAUGGAUGGCCUACAUUGCCAGAGAGCGCCUUUUGAAGAAGGUUUUUGUUUCGAUCAAAGGAGUUUAUUACUCUGCUAAUGUCAAAGGACAGGAGGUGAUCUGGCUGGUUCCUUUCAAAUUCCCACAAAACAUCCCUACAGACAUUGAUUUUAGAAUCAUGCUGACAUUCCUUGAAUUCUACUCAACUUUACUGCAUUUUGUGCUUUAUAAGCUUUACACUGACGCCGAACUUGUUUAUCCACCAAAAAUUGACAAUACGAAGAUGAAGGGAAUUGGUGGACUUUCAGCCUACAUUUUGGAGACCAAGGGCAGCGAGCCCGUGCUGCCAACCGAGAAGCCGGAAGAAACUGAGGAGACUGAGCUUUCGAAAGAAGAGAUUAAUAAAGCUUUGGCUGCUGACAGCGAGAAGACUGAGGAGACUCAGGACGUGGAUGAGGAAGAAGAGCAGGAUGUCGAGCUGGACGAAUUCAAGGAUGUGAACAAAAACACUGGAGAUAUUUUGGCACAGCCUUCCAAAUAUGCAAACAGUACAAGCAGCUUGAUGUCGAAGUUUGUGUUUUUCAUUGGAAGAGAGGUUCCGGUGGAUAUACUAGAGUUUGUGAUUCUCUCUGCAGGUGGUAAGGUGAUCAGCGAGGCUGCUCUGGAUGAGGCCAAAUUAAACGGUUCUAAGGUUACCUUUGACUUGAGUGCCGUGACCCAUCAGAUUGUCGACAGGCCAAAGGUCGCUAACAAGGUUCAAGGACGUACGUACGUCCAGCCCCAAUGGGUCUUUGACUGCGUUAAUAAGGGAGAGCUCUUAAAUGUGAAUGACUAUGCCCCAGGAGAAACCUUGCCACCGCAUUUGUCUCCAUGGGGAGAUGGUGGAAUUUACAAUCCAGAUGCCACGGCCAAGGAUGCCGAAAAGGAAGCCGAAGCCGAGGAAGAAGAUGUCGAAGAGGAGGAUGAGGAAGCUGAGGAAGAAGAGGAUGUGGAGGACGAAGAUGAGGAAGACGAAGAACUUGCUGAGCAAAGAGAAUUGGAGCUUGAGGCUAAGGGUGUCAAGUAUUCUGAGGCAGAAAAUAAGAAGAAGAGAACCAUUUCGGAAGCCGAGAAACAAGCUAAGGAAGCCAAGGAAGAGAAGGAACUCAAGAUGAUCAUGAUGUCCAACAAGCAGAAGAAACUCUACAAGAAAAUGCAGUACGGCAUAGAGAAGCAAGAGGCUCGUAAGGAGGAGCUGCAAGCAAAGAAACAAAAACUCGACAAGUCCAAGAAAAAGCUCGACAAGCUUAACAAGAAGAAGAGUAAAUAG